AUGCUUACGGAGGGCUAUAUUGAGGAGCGUCUGCAUGGGCACACAAAUCUCAAGAUUCCGCGGAUCGUUAAAUGGCACGAGGAUGACAUGGAGUUGUCGGUGCUCGAUCCAUGCCACGCACUCAUCCCACUUGUCAUCAAUGCUGAGGGCACCAGGCUCCGGCUCGUGCGCGACGCAAAGGAUUCGCUGAAGGUGCCUGGAUGUUUAGCGACCAAGCCUGAGCUUGAUUCGAACUCCGAGAGUGAGGAGGAGGAGGAGGACCAGGAGGCACUGCCGCCACCGCCGCCGCCGCCGCCGCUGCGGAGCAAGCGUUCCAAGUCCAAGUCAGCUGGUACCAAGGCUCCUUCUGCAACAAAGGUCGGCGGUACAAAUCAAGUUCGCAAGCAUCGCCGGGAACUAGACAUCAACGAAGAUGUUCAAUCAGAUGAGGUCCAAGAAGUUAUUCCUGUCAUCAGGGACAUCCGCGGGGCCACAACACGCCUCCCUUUACAGCAUGCUGCAUCUCCCCAUGGUCACGUUGCCCCUCGCAGUAGAAGGCAGUACGAGGAUGAGCUCGAAGGAUACAGCAGUGCUGACAGCGUGCAUGCUGGCAUCGACAAUAGAGCUGCCACUCGUUAUCAAGGCCAGUUGCCCAAGCGCCAUGCCGCGCCCUUGCCAAAGCCGCCCUCUGUUAUCCCUCCUUCGUGGCUUCCAUCGGGCAACGCGCCGAGCACUGGAUAUUCGCACGGCUACUCCCCGACCAUUGCAUAUGUCCCACGGGCGAGCAAUUCUGUUGGCGGGCAUGCACGCGGCUACUCCCCUGCUGCUGGAUUUCCUCCUCAUCUGGCGUCUCAUGCGCAUCGGUCACAGUUGCAAUGCGCAGGUCAUCCUCAACCUUUAGCGGUGCCCUCCCAUCAAGACCUUAGCAUCCAAGAGGACGAGAACCACCGUUAUCACUACCAAGCCCACACCCGAGGGGCGGGACGGCAAGACUUCGUGCGACGGGCAGAUAAUGUCAUUGAGGAGGAGGAUGAGUUUGUUGACAAAGGUAGGAUGCCUCAGCAGUUGAUGCAUGCAGGUCGAGCGAUGCCGGGCAGAACUUUCACUAAUGCUGUUGCUGGGCCAAGUGGCAAGUACUCUCAUCGUCAUGCGGAGGCGGGGCCAAGCUAUAUUGACUAUGCACCUGAUGACGUCGGUGCGCUUUUCGACGAUCCGGUGUACUAUGACGAAUAA